AUGGAAUGCAACAAAGAUGAAGCAGUCAGGGCUAAGGAAAUUGCUGAGAAGAAGUUUAUGGGGAGGGAUUAUGCUGGGGCAAAGAAAUUUGCUUUAAAGGCUCAAAGCUUGUAUCCUGAGCUUGAGGGUUUAUCUCAAAUGCUGUCAGCAUUUGAUGUGUACAUUUCUGCUGAGAACAGAAUAAGUAGUGGAGAAGUUGAUUGGUACUGCGUGCUUGGUGUGAACCGCUGGGCUGACAAUGAAACAGUCAGGAAACGAUACCGCAAACUAGCUCUCAUGCUUCAUCCUGAUAAAAACAAGUCUCUUGGUGCAGAUGGUGCAUUUAAGCUAGUUUCGGAGGCCUGGGGUUUGUUAUCUGACAAGAAAAGAAGACUAGAAUACAAUCAGAAACUGAAUCCAGCAGGACCGCAACAGAGAGUGUCUACCCACACCAAGGUUCCCUCUGCCCAACAUAGUGCAAAUGGCUUUCAUGAUCAUAACAAUACUGCAACUUCACAUACAAGGACUCGGAACAAGAAUAUGCAGUCGAGGCCCACAUCGGUCCCUUCUCCAUCAUCUCAAAAAUCUAAUAUGUUUUGGACUAUCUGCAAUCUAUGCAUGAAGUGUUAUGCGUAUCAUAGGAUUUUUCUGAAUUGCAAACUGCUAUGCCCCAACUGUCAUCAGCCUUUUAUGGCUGUUGAGAAGGAUCUACCUUCAAACAUUAUGAAGUCAUCCCAGAAUUCUAGACAUCAUGCUGGAGGCAAAGUUGCGUCAACAUCAACUGCGGGUCAUGCUGAGAGUGUGGUUCAGAAGGCAUACGACCAAGUGAAAAGAGAGCAGGAGGACGCACAGGCAGCCACUGAAUGGGAGGAGCAUUAUGCUUCUAAAAGGAUGGAUGGUUCUGCUCUUAGAGUAGAGCAAUUCUUUAAAAAGAGGAGAUUGCGACGGAACUAG